ACACCCGUGCCUGAGCCAUUUGGCAGCACUUUCACGCCUCAUCUAAAGGACCUAAAGCUCAGUCUCGAGUUCAUCUCGAUGCUCCAGGACGCCAAUCUCAAUGAUAGCGGCCUCGACACCGAUGUCCUCCACCAGCUCAAAAACCCGCCUCAGUACCCCCUCGAUCUUUCAGACAAGGAUUUGCUCCAUUCCAUCGAUCUCUUCUUUGCAACUGUGAACGCCUCAGAGCAGACCUACGAGGAUGCGCGUGCCGCAGCCAUACGCCGUGAGCCAAAUCACAAAGUGCUAUCCUACGCGGCGGUGCACCGCAAAAUGGCAGAGCUCAGCGGGAUCGUGCCGCAUAUCGAGCAUCAAUGUGAAGGCUCGUGCAUCGCCUACACUAGUGAUUUGCAAGGCCCGGCCUCAGGCCGAGCCCUAAGUAGGCCGAGCCGAGCCGGGCUUUGA